AUUCCUUCAGGCCCCAUAAAGCACUGCUGCGUGCGAGUCCGUUCUUUACUAAUUUCUGGAUAAAUUCAUAUUGAAGUAAAUUACUUUUGAAAAGCAUUAUACUAGCAUAAACAAACGAUGUCAAACUUUUGCGCAGCUCCAAAUUGCACCAUGAAAAGCAAUCGGUCAGCAUCGCCAUUCUUCAGGUUUCCAAGGGACAUUGAAAGAUGCAAGCAGUGGGUGGAAAACUGUCAUUGCAAGGAUCUUGAAGAUAAAACACCUGACCAGCUGAACAGAUACUACAGACUUUGUGCUAAGCAUUUUGAACCAUCCGUGAUUUGUAAAGCAAGUCCUUACAGAACAAGGCUGAAGGAUAAUGCCACACCAACCAUCUUUGAUUUAUCAAGCCAACUCAAUAAUCCACAAAGUAGGCCACGCAAAAGGAUUAAAGACCUGAGUGAUGAUGAAGCAAGGCAAAUGAAAGAGAGGAAAAAGGACUCUGUGGAUCAAUCAAAGAUUAGCAAAGAUUAUGGUGAAGGCCAAGAUGACUCUGAGACAAACCACCCCUCCCAACUGACCUCUGAGGAGAAGAAGCACAGAGAAUACCUCAAAUCACUAUUUGAAGUUCUUGUUGUGUUGGGGAAACAGAACAUACCUCUGAAUAGACAUACCGAGGUGGUGCAGGAGAGUGACUGUCUCACUCCAAGCAAUUUCCAGGCAUUGUUGGAGUACCGAAUGAAUGCUGGUGGUGACGAGGAACUCAGGAAAAGGUUUGAGAUGAGCGCUCUAAACGCAGAGUGCUGCACUUCCACACAGCAGAGGCAGAUGAUGGAGGUCUGUGAGAGUUGUAUCCGUGAGGAACUCUUACAGGAAGUCAGAGAGGGUCACUUCUUCUCAUUGGUCACUGACGAUGUGGUCGAGAUCUCGGGUGAGUGCCAUAUCCCCAUAUUCUUACGUUUUUUUGACCAGGCCAACUGCUUGCGAGAGGAGUUUGUGGGAUUCCUUCCUUUUGAGGGAGACGAGGAGACCCUGAUGGAGAGGCUGCUGAAUGAGGUGACAAAGAAGUGGGGCUUGAAUAUGGACUACUGCAGAGGGCAGGCCCACUUCAGCUCCGGUGUGCAUUCCAGCAAAAUGAAAGCCAUUGCAACCAAACUCACAGAGAAGUAUCCCACAGCAGUGUACACACCAAGUUCCACCUGUGCCUUGAAUGUCUCACUGGCAAGUGGAGUGGCUUUGACAGGUGUUCAGAUUGUCAUGUCUACUUUCAAGAAGAUUGAGUCUUUUUUCAACGAGUCACCUUCACUGCAAUUGGAGUUGGAGAAUGCCAUCUCCAUUUUCUACCAGGGCAAUGAAGAGAAGGCCAAUGAUCUGAAAGAGGCCUGCCGCACCAACUGGACAAUGAGGCAUGAUUCAUUCGAGGUGGCAGUCGAUGUCAUGGAAUCUCUACUGCUCUGCGUGGAUUGUGUUCACGACAAUGAAGAUCUGAGGUGGAGUGACCAAGUCACACAUAAUGCCUUGGAGAUAUCAGAGGCUCUGGCUGAUUUUGAGUUUGUUGCAGCGUUGGUUGUGCUGAAAAACACCCUGUCAUUCACAAGAGCCUUCGGCAAGAACUUGCAAGGGCCAACGAUCGAUGUCUACUUUGCUGCAAACAGUUUGACCGCUGUGUUACACUCGCUGAACGAGGUCUUGGAUAACAUUGAGGUGUACCAUGAGUUCUGGUUCGAAGAGGCUGUUAACCUAGCUGCUGCACUAGAGAUUCCGGUCAAGGUUCCCAGGCUGUACUUGAGAAAGCACCGCCCAGAAACUGAAACAGAGCUCCAGCCAGAGAGCUACUUCAAAGAGCACCUGACUGCCCCUGUGGUGAGCCACGUCAUAAAAGAACUGAACGACCUCUUCUCUGAGAACCACCUCAACGCCCUGAGAUAUCUGACUCUCGUCCCUGCUGUCAUGGGGCAGCUGAAGUUCAACACGUCUGAAGAGAACAACGUGGAGAUGUACAGGAACGACCUUCCCAACGCAGACACACUCCCCGCUGAGCUGCACUGCUGGAGGGUGAAGUGGAAGCAUAGGGGCAAGGUAACCCUGCCCUCCACUGUCCAUGAGACGCUGCAGCUUGCUGAAGUGAAGUUCUUCCCCAAUGUGCUUGCCUUCUUGAGGGUGCUUGGCAACCUGCCAGUCCUGGGCCUUGAGGAUGGCGAUGCUUCUCGUAAACGCUUUCAGAUGUACCUGGAGAACACACCUGACAAACACAGAUCCAAGAGUCUGGCAUUUCUGAACAUACAUUAUAAUGCCAGACAUGACCUGGACUUCAUGGUUGAUAGUUACAUUAAGAUGUACCCUCACAAUGAAAGUUAAAUCCAAUUAAUUUCAUGACCCUAAUGAGCAAGUGUGCCAGCCUGUUGACUUGUUCUUGUAUAAACCGUAGUCUGUCUUCAGCAUUUGUGACAUGGUCUGACCUCUUACUUAUUGGAUGUUUAAUAUGUUGACUUGAAACCACUUAUUUUGGCUGUAUAAAGUUGACCAAUGACCACUGCAAAUAUGUUUUUUGUGAAAAUCAUAAGAUUUAUUAUGCAACAAAACACUGUUUCAACUCUUUUUUUUAUGUUUAUGCAACUGGUUAUGUAAAUUACAGAACUGGAAAUGUAUACUUAUUACAUAAGGCUUUUGGAAGUUAUUUCUUCUAAGACCAAUGUGAUUGAAAUAAUGCUACAUUUUAGUCAUUUAGCAGACGCUCUUAUCCAGCGCGACAAAGAGGAACAAUUAGGGUUGAGUGCCUUGCUCGGCGAUUCGAAACCAGCGAGCUUUCGGUUACUGGCCCAACGCUCUUAACUGUUAGGCUACCUGCUUUGAUGUAAGACUGUGUGUUCUUUUUGUAAGAAUGAUUACAAAUAAAGAUUAAUGUUUCUAAUGAGAA